AUGAACCAGAUUGCAAUGACCUGCAUAAAGAUCUGAUAUCUACCUGAGACAAUGUUCCAAAUCCUCACAAUACUGUUACUGGAAACACAAUUCUUCACGGUUUCAGCUUUAUUUACAGUUGAAGUUCCUCAACAGCUCUACACUGCAGAGUAUGGGAGCAAUGUGACCAUGGAAUGUAGAUUCCCUGUGAAUGGCUCAGUGGAUCUAGGACUCCUAACUGUUUUUUGGGAGCAGAAAAGGCAGGGCUCAUUGAAAUCAAAAGAGGUGUACACAUUCCGCAAUGGGAAGGCACACCGUCCAUCUCAACAUCCUGAUUACAUAGGAAGAGCAUCACUUCUGCACAGUGAACUAAUGUUGGGACGAGCCAUCCUCCAGAUCACUGAUAUUAAAAUCACAGAUGCAGGAUCAUACCUUUGUCUCAUUGACUACCAGGGCGUGGACUAUAAGUACAUUGCUUUGGAAGUAAGAGCAUCUUACAAGAGAAUAAACACUCAAGUAAUGAGAAUACCAGGGGAAGACAAGCUUGUUUUUAUGUGCCAGUCAGAAGGCUUUCCUCUGGCAGAGGUCUUCUGGCAAAAUGAGAACUUCAAUCUCAGCGGAUCUACAAAUACCACCUAUACACUGACUGCAGAUGGCCUCUACAAUGUCACCAGCAUCCUGACAUUCAAACCAAAUACGAGUGAGAACUACACGUGUGUCUUCUGGAAUAAAGAACUGAAUGAAGAAACUUCAGCUCACUUUUCCACUUCAGCUUUAAUGAGUACACAGUAUAGUGGACAAAAAUUCCUGAUCUCUUUAAUCAUCCCCACAUGUGUGACUGUAGCUGUCCUUCUCUCUGCACUAAUAAUAUUUCAGAAGAGAAAAUCAUUCAAGAAUGAGCAACCUCAAAAAGACAGGAAAAGAAAACUGAACCCUAAUGCAAAGGAUGAGAACAGUGAUGAUUUUAACUCUCAGACUGAGGCUUUAUACUUGUCAACUGUCACAGCUUCAAGAGACAGUGGAAGUGUGGAUCUGUGAAAAUUCUUCAUAUUACAUGUCAUAAUUUGCACUUUUUCUAUUAGUUUUUGGGGACUUCAAAAGAAAAUUACAGCACUUUAGCCUUAGGAUAAACAGUGAACUCAUGGGGAUGUAUUUGCACUGCAGCGAUGGAAAGCUAUGCCUCCUCAGAUACCUUAUCUUCCUGAAGUUACUGAGAACUAUGCUGUCACGAAAUGUGGUUUACCACUGUGGAGAGGUCAGCUGAGUGCCUUUGAUACACUUUACUUUUGGACUUACUGUUGCUCCAGGGAUUUUUUGUUUAAGAAUGCCUUUAUCAACUGUUCAGUCUCAGGAAUGGUGCUUGGAGUCAAAAAUCUUGUGUAAUUUGAAUAAAAACUGUAAAUGCUAUCUUAUGUCAAUUAUCUUUCUGGUGGAAACAUCAUUACAUGCCCAUAUCCCAUUUCCAAAUUUUCUAACACA